AUGGUGCAACAACUACUCACAGAAGAUCUAAGUUAUUCAUUUGCAGUAAUUUUCCAAGAGGAAGCUUGGUUUGACUCGGUGAGUAUUCUGGAGUCUGACUCGGAAGAUGACUUUAUCAGUAUACAUGGAGGUAUUGGCCAUCAGCCUCAAGCAAUCCAGUUUGGAAUAUCUCAAGUGCCCAAGUACUUCAGUACGAAAGAUCUGCUAGCUUUGUUGAUAACGGGUGCAAACAAAGAUGAGCGCAAGGAAUCAAAUUGGUUUUCGCUUAUUAAUAGUCAGGGCUAUGAGCUUUUUUACUUAGGGAAGGCUGAUGAAGUUUGCAGUAAGAGGAAGAAUAUAUUAGAUGACUCUUAUGGAAGCUUUAAAGGACUUACAGAGGAUGGACGUGAUUCUAAUGAAAAAAUUCAAGACAAUGCCCUGAAAUCCGGCAUAUCUCAAUUGGUACCUUCUGUAAGUUUCAAUGAUAAGAUUCUAAGUGCACAGAGUUUGGUUCCACAAGUCCCAGAGAAAGCCAUGGGCCAAAGAAAACUUAGAAUAUUGGGAUUGAUGUACAUGUAUAUUACUGAACAUUUCAAUGAUAUAUCCACAGGUCAAUCAAAAAGAGUAGAGAAGCCGACUUCAGGAUCUUGGUCUGAGAUUCCACCCUCAACUUUUAAAUUCCGUGGCGAGAACUAUUUCAAAGAUAACGAAAGUCAACUGCUCCGAACUACAGUCCAUAUAACUCCUAUAGGUGUUGAUGUGUUAGUAUGCCCCAAAAAGAUACAUCACAUUGCCCAGCAUCCUGAGCUUCCCAAAUUGCCUACUUAUCCUGCUGCAAUGUUUCUUGGUGAUAGUGAUGGAGAGGGGAUGAGUCUUGUAAUGUAUUUCAAAGUUUCUGAGAAUUUUGAUAAAGACAUCCCUCCUCAAUUCCAGGACAUUAUCAAGAAAAUGGUUGACAAUGAGACAGAAAAAGUUAAAGGAUUUGCAAAGGACUCCACUGAACCUUUUAGAGAAAGACUAAAGAUCUUGGCUGGGGUGGUAAAUCCUGUGGAUAUCGGUCGGAGUUCUGCUGAGAAGAAGCUUGUACAUGCAUAUAAUGACAAACCAAUUCUUUCAUGCCCCCAGCACAAUUUUUACAAGGGUCCUAACUACUUAGAGAUUGAUCUGGACAUUAAUCACUUCAACUACAUAUCAAGGAAGGGUCCCGAAUUGAUUUAUGAACGUCUUAAAAAACGGAAUAGCCGAGCGGCGAGUAUACCCGAGCGGCUAGGCUGUUAA